AUGGCGACUCAAGACACUUGCACCGCAUACGAUGGACACGGCGUCGGCCACGAACUGCAGGGCUCCGACUUGGAGAUGCCGGGCUUGUGGGAGUCAGGUGAGGCCCGGUUGUUCUACUACUUACCCAAGUUCGCGCUGGCGGCGAUCGUGGUGAGUUCCGUCUCCAAGUUGGUGGCCUAUGACGUGGCCAUGAACUUGUAUAGAGUGAAGAAAGCCGACUUCACAAUGUGGAUGACGGCGAUGAUCGGCACGCUUUGCGUGGGCCCGCGCUUGGGCAUCAGCUUGGCUGCCCUGCUUUCUUUGCUGAUUGUUAUCUACGAGUCUAUCCACCCGCCCAUUCAGGUGCUUUGGCGUGUCGAGGGCUCGAACAGCUACCGGAACAUUUUGCAGGCGCCUGAGGGAGCCUUCAUGGAUGGCAUCUUCAUAGCACGAAUUGGCGGAUCCUUGUACUUUGCCAACGUUGCAUACGUCGAGGACUCGCUGCUGACACUGAUUUCGGAUAUGCGCGAAAUCAGUGAAGUCAGAUACCUAGUCCUGGAUUUCACGCCGGUCGUCACCGCGGACUACUCCGCAAUGGAGGUGCUGCACAGCGUUAUCCAUGACUUCCGGUCACAAGGCAUUGAUGUCGCCUUCUCUUGUGUUGGUGAGCGUCUCGAGCGCAGCCUGCAGAAGUUCGGGCUGCUGGACUACCUUGGCGAGGAGUGGCUCUUUCACAGCGUCCACGAGGCCGUGAUGCACUGCGUGUGCGCGGGUGGCGAUCCCAUCGGCCUGGCGACACUUCAGCAGGAGCAGGAAGAGGCGUUGCGCGAGCUCGAGCAUGCGCAGCGCCGUUGCCGUCAGCUGCAGAUCUGUGACCGAGGUGGGAUUCACCGCUUCACUGCGGGCUGA